UUCAUUUCAAAUUGACGCAUCAAACAGGCCGGGCCUCCCUUACGGCCGCGUAAAAGUUUGCUCAGACUUUCUGAGCACAACCGUGUUUCCUCUACAAAAGUUAUCUAUGAGUUUUUUGUGAGGUGAAGACGGCAAAAUGCGUUGGUUCGUAGCGACUGUCAUCUCUAUCGUCUUAGUUAGCUCGGUUUUGUCAACGGAGGUGGACGACGAUGAGCCAUUUCUUGAAAUAUUGGCACGAUCCACGAUUUACAAUACUGGAGAGAGAAAGGCGAUUUUUUGCAGAGGAAAAAAUUUAGUAGAGCCCAUUAAAUGGUACUCUCCUUCGGGAAAACUAAUAGAAGCGCAAUCUUUGAAAAACAAGAGAGUAUACGUUGAAAGAAUUGUUGAGGAAUCCGGGGAACAUGCGCCGUUAAUCAUCCAAUACAUCAAGAUUGCGGACAACGGUAACUGGACUUGCAGGUCUGGAGAUUUGAGUGAAACCAUACAAUUCAUUGUCGGAGAAAAGGUGAACAUUACUAACAGGAAUGUUGAAAGAGAAGGGGAAGAAGGAAAAUCAAUUGUGCUAACCUGUGAAGCCAAGGGACAUCCGACACCGGUCGUAGUUUGGUACAAAGAAAAUUCUCGAAUCCCUAAUGAUACUAAAAAGUACGAGCACAGGGCUGACAACUCGUUGGAGAUCAAGAAUCUGAACCACGCUGAUGUCGGACUGUACGUGUGCAAAGUUAGACAAAAGGCGCUGUCCUACUACACAGACAAAACAGUCCGUCUUUCUGUCCUACAUAAGCCGAUUCUGUAUAACAACUUCACGGGAACGAUCGACACCACGAAAUACAAGACUGAAGAAGUUUACGCAAUCAUGAAUGAAACGAAGAACAUCACAUGCAGCGCUAUCGCAAACCCCCCGCCGACUUACACCUGGUACAGAAGAAACAAUGGUUACGACGAUGAUGUUCCUAUCACUGACGAGGAGAUGGUGGUCACUUCAGAAAACGGCACAUAUUCAGUACUCAUUUUGAGGAUGCGCGAUAACAGUUCAAUCGGCGAGUACAAAUGCACAGCGAACAACAUCAAGGGGAAAGAAUCUAUUAUAUUCCAUGUAAAUCCAGCAGCUAAACCCAACAAACCUGACUUUGUAAGCUUUCUUUACGCUAACACUACGACUCUGACUUUCAAUGUUUCCUGCUCGAGCUGCCCAAUGGAACUAGAAGAAGAUAGGUCACCCGACCCAGCAAACCUUACUGUUAAAGGAUAUUCUUUCCAAAUGGUUCCUGCCCAAGAAAAUUACCCUCCAGAUUGGGAUUCCGCUCAAGAUUUCGAAGUGGACAUCACAGAUCCUAACGACACGUUGUUCACGGUCGGCCCACUAGCCAACAAGACAAAGUACCACGUCCGCAUCCGAAGCUGCAACGCGGCCGGCUACUCUGAGUGGGUGUACUUCGAGACACUACUAGAGACGAGCCACGCCAGCAGGAUCAUCGCAGCGAUCGCUGUCAUCAUUGCGGCCUUCACGAUUACAAGCUAUUUCUAAAAUACCUUUCAUGUAUACAGUAUAACACUGGGGAACUUUUGAAUUUUUCGUUUACCUUUAGUUCUUCUCAUAAUUCCGGUUACUCUCGUCUGACAAAGAAGUUGUCAGCCACCACGAAAAUAUCUGAAAAUGAAAUUACUAUAUUUGCGUAACAACGAGUUUGGUGACGACUUCUCGCGAUUGGUAACCAGUGUGAAAACAAUUUGUUGCCGUUGUUUUUGCCAGAUCUAUAGUUGAUGGUGCACCACUAUUAAGUAGCAGAUCAAAAAAGGCAAUAUUAUGAAGAUUUAAUGUUCAAAUGAAUUUACAUAUAUGUUGUUUUCUAUUUAGUUAAGUAAUUACUUAACGUAUUUAUCCCCUGAACUUGAGGUAAAUGUAGGUAGAUAAAAUUUAAUUUUAAAUACAAUAUAUUCGUAAGUAAGUGUUCAUUCGUUUACCUAACGUUAUAUAAUAAAGGCCUCAAACAUACAUAUAAUGUUGUUACCAAAUAAAUAGCCUAAAUAUCAACUGCAUUCGUGCUGAAAAUGUUAAAUUUAUGUAAGUUUUUGGCUUCUUGAUUAAUUUAAACUAGAUUUAAUUUAAAUAUAAUCACAUUAAUAUGUAGUUUUCAAAAAUAAGCCUUAUGUCUUAAUCGUGAAACUAAAUGUAAAUAGAUACCUAUAAUACUGUUGACGGUACGUGCAAUUAAGUGUAAUUAUUCUUUAUUAAAAUCGCUGUUAGCAACGGGUUAUAUAUUAUAUGUGGGACACCUUUCUUGACAGUUGCAAAAAUUCAAUUAGCAUGUAAAAAACCAUCAUAAUUUACUUACAACACAAUGUUUAAAGAAAAUCCGUUUGUCUGGGUAUUUAUUAGCUAAGCAAACAAGGCCCCAAACUGUUUUAAUUUCAGUAAUCUCUGGUGAAUUCUCAUUUUAUUAAUAUUUAAAUAACCAUUAUUUUUAAGUAAACAAGAAUAAAUUUAUGUAACAAUGAUUCGAAGUGCUAUAUUUUAAACGUUCAAAUGUUAAGUAACGCUUGGAUUCGAUUACUUUAUUUCUAUCUGAUGGGAGAGAACAUAAAUAAACAAAUUAAAAUAUCUUUAUUUCGAAGUCAACUUACUGUUUUGUAAUUAAUAUAUUUUUUUAGUUGUAAAUUUCAUUUUAUUACUAUAUAAUUUAGAUUAUAAGUUGUAUUAUGAUUGAGUGUAUUACUGAUAUUUUAGUGCUGCCCUUUUGAAGUUGAAUGCAGUAUUCAAUACGUGAAACUAUACAAAAAACUUGAAUGUUUCUAAAUAAUGUAUUAAAUAUCUUAUGUUUUAAGUAGUAGAUUAUAAACGCUUUAAAAAUAGCAAACAAGCAGGAAUUCAAUUACUUUUUAUUUAGAAUACAAAAAUAACCGUGACGAGAUCAUAUUAAUAGGAACACGUAACAUUCCAAAUGAUUUAUUAAAUGCAUUCCGUAAUUUAAUGAAAAUUUUAAAAAUUUCUGAUAAAUUUUACAAUAUUAUUGAGUAAUUGUAUUUUGUGAUCCUAAUAAAAAAAAGUUCCAAUUACAAUUCCAUUCAGGAAGACUGAUGUUAUGAUUUCUUACGUAAUAAUUUUUUAUGUAAUCACUGAUUUUAAGUUACCCAACGAAACCUUUGUUGUAAAUCACUUAACCCUUAAAUAUGCUACCCUACUGGUUUUCUUAAACGACUUAGAAGUCCAAAGAGAAAUUAUUUAAAGUAACUACUUUUUUAUGCUAAGCUUCUUUGUUACUAAGCUUUUAGAAACGUAUAAAUGACAUUAAUAAAAACGUAAGCACCGGUUUGAAGAAACCAAAAAUUUCGACCAAACAAAAUUGUUGCAAACACGUAAUAUAUUGUUUUGGGAGCGUUUCGUCAAAUAUUAAAAACACAUAGUGUUUUCUUGAUUUCCUCUAUUUUCUUCGUGUACAUAACACAAGAUACUAGUAGUCGAGUUAUUAUUGUUAUGUAACUUGCAACAGUGUUUCUGCCUCAAUAAAACUGUUUCUAAAAA